ACAAACGUAUCCACGAAUAUCUAAUUUUUAAUAUUAAAAUACCUCUAUCUUUUUAUUUCUCUAAUCAUAUUUCCGUAUACAAAUGUAUGUACGCGCCAAAUAGUAAAAUAUCGACGAUAGAUUGGCGCACGACUCGAUAAGCGGCGCUAGUGUCGCGCAUCCACCACCCCUCUCCUCAUCGAGCUGUCAAAUCGACGAACGUUGUUUGUACACGAGAUAUAUCUCGAGGGGGGGUUUAGCGUCGCUCGCGAUCCGACGGACCCGAUUUCGAGGAGGUAGACAGGGUUUCAGCGUCAGGAUGAGUCGUACGAUGGACGAAAAAGAGGAAUUGGUGAAGAAGGCCUUAUUUAGUUUCGUUAGGAAGCAGGUGCCCACUGCUCAAUUGAGCUUAAUAGACGACAUUGUACUCAGUUACGUAGUGAGUAUGGUGGAAGAAAGCGCGCUGGAGGAAAAUCUGGACGUGGAUGGGUUAUGCGAGAUGGUGUCCGCUUGCUUACCCGAGUUCUCCACCAUCGAGAAGGAGGCUGUGUCAAAGUGGUUACUCGACGUGGAGAGUAAAUUGAAGCAAGGGAGUAAGGAGAACGAGAAUUGCCAGUCUCACAGCGAUCCGCUGAAUCACAUUAGCCUGACUGCUUUGCUGCCAGCUGGCACGCAGAGAAUGCGCGUUCAUCACCUCUCGGAAACGAGCGACGCCGGUAGCGAUUCUAGCGGGGAAUACUUCUCGGAAGAAUCCUCUUGGCCGCAAAUGGCUCUGCUGCAAGAGAUGUUUCCAGCUGCGAGCCCUGCUGAAGCAAGACACUGUUUAGCGGUGGCCGGCGGUGACAUAGCAAAAGCCGCGCAACUCGCGCUACACCGUCAAGAAGCCGGUCAGAGUAUCGUUAGCAACCUUACGUUUUUAACGCCGAAUGCUCGUAACAAGGCGAGAGUGAACGACGAAGAAUUAAAAUCGCGCAUCAUAGCGCGAUAUAGUUACGUCGACAGGGAUGAUGAUUGCCGCGAGCAUCGUCCGGUCGCGCCAAAAACGGAGCCGAAGAAGCUCGUGCGAUACCUCGACAAUAAGAUUGUAAGUGUGAAGGGUGAACGUUACACGGAAGUGCGAAGGGGCGGCGAGGAUGAGGACGGCAACGAAGGUGGCAGAAAGAGAGGUCAUUGCCGUCCGUAACAAGUCCCUCUGCCUCCACCCCCCGAUCCACCCCCUUGGAGGCACUUGAUUUUCGAUUGGACCUUUACCGUAGAUCUUUUCCAUCUUACUUAUAUAGAAAUAUAGGCGAUUCGAGUAUCUCGAAUUCGAAUUCGGGCGUCGUUGCAUUUCUUAGCGCGUUUCAUUUUUCACGUAAUGCAGCUUUUCCAAUUCUCUUGGAAUCUCUUUCGCGUAGCGAUUUAACUUGCCGUCAUGUGUAUGUAUUCACUUGUAUACAUGGUUACGUCAAUUUUGUACGAGUUACUCGUUCGAUUUCAUUCGCGGCACGAGUCGUGCAACAAACAUCUCAUUUCUCUAUGUAGAUUAUACUUUCGAUUGAGCGUGCAAUGGCCGUUGAAUAAAUAUUCACAUAGUUUGACACGUGAAACUAUACCAGUGCAUUAGCAUUAACCGUUAACAUUAGCACCAAUCGACAGGCACAUUCGUUAAAGAUACGCCGGGAACGAUUUAUUUUAACGCGUAUGACAAAUUCAUUCUUACUUAUUUACGACUCUCUCGGCAAUCGAAUGUUCUUUCGUAAAGUAUUUAUCGGAUUCGUUAUUAAUUUUAAGACUCGGGCGAUUAUGGGGGAGAUGCAUAUCUGAUUUAGAAAGGACGAUUAUUUAUGACUUGUUAUUGUAUAAGACAAAUUUUCGACAUAAACAUGUGUUAUUACUCCUAAUAAGCUGGCUAUUGUAAACUCGGCAUUUGACUUAAUAUCCAUUCCUCUUAUUUUACUUUGAUAAUAGUCAAUCAUGUUAUUAUAUUUGUCAAGUUUAUUUAUUUUAUACGGAUAUGUGUGUAUGUGUAUGUGUACGCGCGCGCGCGUGUGUGUGAGAAUACUCCAAUUUGUACAGGGUGAUCUAUUGGGACAUCUGAGUUGAGCUCUACCUAGAUUUGGAGACAUACAAAUUUAUACGGAUAUAGCUUGUAUGAUUCUAAGAAACAAGUAUGAUACACAGAAAAUUUUUUUAAUUUUUCAACUAUUGACUAUUAUUGUUAUUUUGUCGUUGAUACAGCUAUUUUUGAAAUUUUUCUUUGCCAACAUAAUUUUAUUUUUUCUCUUUUUUAUAAUAAGAAAGUUCUCACACGUGUAUAUCUCGUAGCUGGUACUAAGAGAGAUGUACAGUGUUAUAUUCUAUCUAAUUUAUAUAAAAAAAAUAUAUAUAUAUAUGUUAGAAUGUUAGAGGAACAUUUAUAAUCAUUUAAGUUGCGUUCUAUGCGUGUUGGCAUAUUCAAGUCUAGAAAGAUCAUUAAAAGGUGUUCCGUGUUUCUCGUGAUCCACUCUGUACAUACUAGUACUAAAUAGAAUUAUUUAAUUGCAUUAUUACUUUGUAAAUGAAAACGUGGUUUUAAUAUCUCCUUUGUAUACUUUUAAUAUCGAGCGCUUUUACUUGUAUCAUAGGAAUUUCGCGAGAAAAUUAUCGUCUCUUAUUUUAUGCCCGCAUUAAUAACGGUGUGAUUACUGAUUAGUGAGUGAGAAGAGAUUUAUGAAAAUAUACCUGAAAUAUAUUUAGUCAAAUAGCAGCAUUAUCACGUAGCACACUGAUUCCUUUUUCAAUUGCACUAUAGCGAAAUGUACUAUAUAUUAGAUGAUAAAAAAAUUAAUGCAAAAUUUUUAUUCGUACGUUUAUUCAGGAAUUCAGAGAAAUAAUCGUUCGGCAAUUUAGUAAGUCAAUAUUAUCUCGUUAGUGACGUAUGGUGUCAGAGACAUCAUUGCCGCAAACAUAGAAAAAUGUACGAACAACCUAUGGAAUAAUCAAAAUCGGACAAACAUAAAUUGUAAAAACAAUCUGGCAGAGGUACAGCGGCUAAAACUAUAAUACAUGUGUGUCAAAUGAAAACAUACAAAUAGUUACUGCAAAAUAAUUACGAAAUUGUAGACUUCGAAUAAUAUAGUAUACGUAUGUAGGAGUGAACGCGAAGAUACUCUUUAGGCAGGAUGAAGAGUCUGCUUAGAAUCGCGCCAUACACCAGUAUUAUUAUCCUUAUCGCUGCUCUAUCACAGAUUUUAAACAGUAGCGCAAACGUAAUGAUUAAAGCGUUAGAAAAUUCUGUAUAAAACAAUGUAAACUUAUCUCGACUUGUCUCAAUACUCGAUAUACCUUGAUGAUGUAUGCGUAGAGAACUAAAAUCACGAUUACCUUUUAAGCGGCGAAACGUGAUUCAGAUCAAAAUGUUCAUUCGCGUUCCGUUUUCUUUUGAACAACAAAGUCCUUGACAUUACAAUUGUCAACUAAAUUGUCAAAUAAAUCGGCAUGAAAGGAGGAACGUUUGUAACGUAAUCUGUACGUACAAUAACUUAUUUGAUGAUUAUUGAUCUGAAAAUUUAGAAUUAUCUUUUUAUUUUAGACUUCCAUCGCGCGUACGCAAUUGCCGACGUUUCUGCAACAGCUGAAUUUUCACUUCGUAAACGUAUGAAUGUAACACGAUACAAAUACGAUGUAUAUCUUAUUGUGGGCCGAUUCUUGCCAUAGAUACGAAUCAUAUUAUUAUUGAUAAUUGUGUAUUCCUUGUCGAUAUCUAUUUGCUGAAAACUAAAUGUAUUCCAUUGCCGAUGAAUCUUAUAUCAACACUAUUCCUAUAGAUUUUAGAAUUAAUUCGAUACAAUUGUCGAAGGGAUAUAACGAAAAAGAAAAAAGAUAUAAGAUAUCAAUGAGAAAAACGACAAGCAAAUUACUUUAGUUUGGAAUAAAUUCUUCGCAUGCUCUGUAGCAUAUGAAUAAGCUCACUUUGACUAUUGAUUUCUCACUCGGUAGAUGUGAACUAAGUUGUGUGAAAAUAAGAUGUAACGGUUGUAAUUCUAUAAUUGUACUUGCCCUUUUAAUAUACUCUAAUCACACGC